CCAAUGAGCAGCGGGCGUGUUGGCGCCGCGCGCAGGCGCGGUGGGGGCGGGCGGCCGCGGCCUCAUGUGGAGGAGGGAAUUCCAACGGGGGCUGGAGCUGCAGGGGUGAAAUGGCCGCGAAGGUGUUUGAGAGCAUCGGGAAGCUCGGCCUGGGCUUGGCUGUUGCAGGUGGAGUCGUGAAUUCUGCUCUGUACAACGUGGAUGCAGGACACAGGGCCGUGAUCUUCGACCGGUUCCGAGGGGUGCAGGACGUGGUGGUGGGGGAAGGGACCCACUUCCUGAUCCCCUGGGUGCAGAAGCCCAUCAUCUUCGACUGCCGCUCCCGCCCCCGCAACAUCCCCGUCAUCACCGGCAGCAAAGACCUGCAGAACGUGAACAUCACGCUGCGGAUCCUGUUCCGGCCCGUGACGGCGCAGCUGCCGCGCAUCUUCACCAGCAUCGGCGAGGACUACGACGAGCGGGUCCUGCCCUCCAUCACCACUGAGAUCCUCAAGUCUGUCGUGGCUCGCUUUGAUGCUGGAGAGCUGAUCACUCAGAGGGAGCUGGUCUCCAGGCAGGUGAGCGAGGACCUCACGGAGAGAGCGGCGACCUUCGGGCUCAUCCUGGACGACGUGUCCUUGACCCAUCUGACCUUUGGCAAGGAGUUCACAGAGGCGGUGGAAAUGAAGCAGGUGGCCCAGCAGGAAGCAGAGAGAGCCAGAUUCAUUGUGGAAAAGGCCGAGCAGCAGAAGAAGGCAGCUGUGAUCUCUGCUGAGGGGGACUCCAAGGCAGCAGAGCUCAUUGCCAACUCCCUGGCCACGGCCGGGGACGGGCUGAUCGAGCUGCGCAAGCUGGAGGCGGCCGAGGACAUCGCGUACCAGCUCUCGCGCUCCCGCAACAUCACCUACCUGCCCUCCGGACAGUCCGUGCUCCUGCAGCUGCCUCAGUGAGCCCGGCGGCCUCCGCCCCGCCGGCCCAGCCCUCUCCAAAACCAAAUCAUCGCGGUUUCCUCCUUGGUAAAAGCAGAGGAAACGGAAAUCGACCCCUCUUUGAAUUGGUAAUCCAAUAAAAGCGAACGCGCCUUGACACCA